CCAUCCAUCCUUCAACGAUCAGCCGAGAAGCAGAGCACGUCGAGGAUGCCGGGAGCCGUGAAGGUGUUCGGGUCGCCGACAUCGUCGGAGGUGGCCCGCGUGCUGGCGUGCCUCUUCGAGAAGGAUGUGGAGUUCCAGCUCAUCCGCGUCGACUCCUUCCGCGGCCCCAACCGCAUGCCCCAGUACCUCAAGCUCCAGCCGCACGGCGAGGCGCUCACCUUCGAGGACGGCAACGUCACCCUCGUCGAGUCUAGGAAGAUCCUGAGGCACAUCGCGGACAAGUACAAGGCGCAGGGGAACCCGGACCUGAUCGGGAUGGGGGCCCUGGAGCGCUCCUCCAUCGAGCAGUGGCUGCAGACGGAGGCGCAGAGCUUCGACGUGCCCAGCGCCGACAUGAUCUACAGCCUCGGGUUCCUGCCUCCCACCAUGCCGCUCGACGGCAAGAAGGACGGCGCUGGCAAUGGCGCCGGUGGCCGCGACGCCAGGCAGCAGAAGCAGCAGGGCAUGAUGAUGAACCCGACCCACGUGCAGAAACUGGAGGAGAUGAAGCAGCUGUUCGAGAAGAGCAGCAAGGAUCUGGGCAAGGUGCUGGACAUCUACGACCAGCGCCUGGAGGAGGCCGAGUACCUGGCCGGCGACAAGUUCACCCUCGCCGACCUCUCCCACAUGCCCAACGCCGACCGCCUCGCCUCCGACCCGCGCUCCGCCCGCCUCAUCCAGUCCCGCAGGAACGUCAGCCGCUGGUGGGCCGACAUCUCCGGCCGCGAGUCCUGGGUGUACGUCAAGAGCCUGCAGCGCCCGCCGGCAUCGGAAGCGCCCUUCUGAUCACCAUCCACGCCGGCCGUCUCCUCGCACCGAACGUACGGUGCCGAUCGGGGGUUAACUAUUGUCACUGCUCCAUCAAACUACAUACAUACGAGGCGUUCGUCA